CUUGGCGGCUGCUGCGCUGCGGGGAGGCGGCGGAGCUCGGGCCCCUCCCCGCGGCGGCGACCCCCAACAGGAGCCGGAGCUCAGGCACUGUGAUGCCCACUGGAGCCAGUAGAGGUCUGGGAACUGCUGAGAAUGUACAAGGCUGAGUGCUGUAGUGAGAGCAUGUGUGAAGACAGAAGCAAGGCUGCAACAGCCCCCUGAAGCAUGCUCAAGGUCAGCCCCACUCAAAGAAGACCAGGAGGUCACAUUUGACUUAGAAGAAAUCAUGAAGAUGGGUUUCAUGAGUGACAUAACUGGAGCCAUUAGCAAACUCAUCCAAGAGUAAUCACCCAUUAAAGGCACUCAGCCCUGCAGUGUUUGCCGCCCUUCAGCAACAGAUGAAGCAGACAGCGACUCCACCAGCAUGAGUAUGCAGGAGGUCAUCUUCUCUACAAUCAGUGCUGCUCCAGCAGAUCGCUGGGUGAGAAGCAAGUCAAACAGGUUUGAAACAAUGGAGUACUUCACACAUGGUCAUUGAGAGGAACACAACUUGCUGGACAGUCUCCACAGAACUUCAACACUCUUUUGGAAUGGCAUUUCCUACCAAGUGUGCCAACUGUGUCAGCAUGACAAAAGACAACUAGUAGUAAGGGCUACAGCUGCUCCUUUGACAUUGUUGGGACAGCCUCCAGAAUAAACUUCCAGCUCCUACUGGCCCUUACUGGAUAUAUCUUUGACACUAAGGCCUCUGCAAAGUACCAAAAUCAGAGGAUGUUUGGAACUUCAUCUGUGCUGUGUAGAAUCCAGCAAUAAAUUAUUCCAAUAUGGAGGUCUAAUACAGUUAAUAGAGCAUAUAAAACUGUCUACUAUGUUUCAUCAUAUUUAAUUUGCUGUAACAGUCUGCAGAUGUCCAGGUUUCAGCCUCCCUUUUGCAACCAUCGGGUGCUCUGAGAAAUGCUGUGCCAGCUGAAGAGCCUCUGUGUCACCAGCACCUCUGCAUCAACAGGCAGUGCAAUGCUUCCAGAGCAUUUGGCUGCUUCUCAUUUUCCAUUAUGGUCCCAAGUGAAUCAGAGCCCUCACCACUGUUGGGAGACCCACAAGGGACCUGUGGCCUGGUCAUCCCCACAAAGAGUGGGCUCUCAGGAGGGAAGACCCAGCCUUUGCCUACCCCUAGAUUAACCUAUUCUGGGGCAUGAGCUUUGGGGUUGCUCAGGUUGCACAGAAGGAAAACAAUGAACAGGAUGAAACCUGGAAGCUUUUUGCUGCUCUGUUGAAUAUGGAAUUAUUUAAAAAAAACAAAAAUACUGCACCGAGAGCAUCUCUUUCAAAUGGAUAACUUCUGAACCUGGAACUCUUCAUUACCAACUUCUUGCAUCCUGGAGGGGAAAAUGAAUCUCACAAAUUGCACCACUGAAGCCAGUGUGGCUGCAAAGCCAAAAACAGUAACUGAAAAGAUGCUCAUUACCCUGACCUUGGCCACAAUCACAACCUUGACUAUGCUACUGAAUUCUGCUGUAAUUGCAGCAAUCUCCACAACCAAGAAGCUCCACCAGCCGGCAAAUUAUCUCAUAUGUUCACUGGCUGUGACAGAUCUCCUUGUUGCUGUUCUCGUCAUGCCCUUGAGCAUCACUUACAUAAUGAUAGAUAAAUGGACUUUGGGGUACUUCAUCUGCGAGAUCUGGCUUAGCGUCGACAUGACCUGUUGCACGUGUUCAAUCCUUCAUCUGUGUGUCAUUGCAUUGGACAGGUACUGGGCCAUCACAGACGCUAUCGAAUACGCCAGGAAAAGAACGGCAAAAAGGGCUGGGCUGAUGAUAGUGACCGUGUGGACUAUCUCCAUUUUCAUAUCAAUGCCCCCCUUGUUUUGGAGAAAUCACCGUAGCAUUAAUAUUCCCAGUGAGUGUCGCAUUCAGCAUGACCAUGUCAUCUACACGAUUUAUUCCACAUUCGGAGCAUUUUACAUCCCCUUGACUUUGAUCCUGAUCCUGUACUACAGAAUUUACCAUGCUGCAAAGAGCCUUUACCAAAAGCGGGGUUCGAGCCGCCACCUCAGCAACAGGAGCACUGACAGCCAGAACUCUUUUGCCAGCUGCAAGCUCACACAGACGUUCUGCGUCUCAGACUUCUCCACAUCUGACCCAACCACAGAGUUUGAUAAAAUCAAUGCAUCCGUGAGGAUCCCUCCUUUCGAGAAUGACUUGGACCUGGCUGGCGACCGGCAGCAGAUCUCCACGACACGAGAACGAAAGGCUGCUCGCAUUUUGGGGCUGAUUCUGGGUGCUUUCAUUUUGUCUUGGUUGCCCUUUUUCAUCAAGGAACUGCUUGUGGGCCUCCACAUUUGCACUGUUUCUCCAGAAGUAGCAGACUUCUUGACCUGGCUUGGGUAUGUCAACUCACUCAUCAACCCUUUGCUGUACACGAGCUUUAACGAGGAUUUCAAGCUGGCCUUUAGAAAGCUCAUCAGGUGUCGAGAACAUACUUAAAAGUACUGAGAGAUGAUGGCACUGACAUGACUCCUGGCCUUAAAAAUGAGCAAAAUUAUUUGACUCUGCCACCAUUUCCCUUGAUGAAGGGUGUUUUUGUGUUUGCCUAUUUGCUUGACUGUUCUUCAGCCUGUAAUUCAUUAUGCCGUUUUUUUAAUCUCUAGUGUUAUUCAUGGUAAAGGGUUUGAAAUAAAUUUAUUCUAUAAAGGAAAAGAUUUUUUAGAACUGAAACAACAACAAAAAUAUUAUUAGUAUUAGGUACUCAUGUCUAAGACAUUUUGUGUAAUCAAUGAUUCAAAAGCAAAUAACGAUAUUCACUUUUUUACUUCUUCCAUUUAAGAAUCAUACAUCUAAAUUAUCAUGCACUGUAUAAACUGAACCCCAUAAAUACACCUUCAAAAAUUAAUAAACACUUCAUGGUCAUGACAGUUAAACAGCACCUCUUUACCGUGGCAUUCUGAAAAAGCUGUAACAGCCAUUUAGGAGGAAAAUUACCACCAUUUCCACCUGGGGCUGAGGCAGAAUAAACUAUUUCUUUUUUCAGGAAUACACUCCCAGAACAGAAAGCAAAGUUCAGUUCAUUGCAUCUAGAAAUGAUCCCAUUUCAUACCCCAAAGGAAUUAUUUAAGUGGCUCUUUUUGUGUAAUAUUCCAGAUUAGCAUUCAAGGUGUUGGGCAGACACCCGUGCAGUUUGUUUGGCAGUUGAGAGGAUGCAGCUAGCAAGAGUCAUACUUGUGAAACUAACUGCACAUCUGAGUGAUCACACUUUCAAUUCCGCUAACCCUAUUUCUUCAGGCCUUGUGCCUUAGUCAGUUCCAGGGUGGUAUUAUUCACCUGUGCCAUGCUUCACCUGGAUCUUGUGGUGCAUAACCCCAAAGGUCUAUGGAUCUUACCCCCACCAACUUAGACAACUGCAUAUCUUCUCAGCAGACCAGCAAUAUACAGAAAUUCAAAAACAUCAGCUAAAACCAAAUUAUAUCUGAACAUCAGAAAAAAAAUCAGGAAAAUAUUUUAAAUAGCACUCUGCACAUAUGCCUUGUUGUCAUCUCACAAUUUGCAAUGGCAAUCUUGCCCACUUAACCUAUGGUCAGGUGGUCUGGGAGGAUUUCUUGCUCUGGGAGUCUUUCACAGACUUAAUUCCUCUGUCCUGAGAGACAAAGAGUCCUUUGUAUUCUGUCUUUUGUGCUUAUGGAAGUUAAAAUGUCCUGAUUCAAAUAUUGUGGAAGUCAGUCUGGGAAAGGGCAAAAUCAAAGCUGAGAAUUUGAUACUGUCCAUUAGCAAUUCCUAAGCACCAUUUAAAUAUUUAUUAUUCCCCUUGCACCCUAAUUUUCUUCCCUGUCCAUUUUUCUGGACAAAUUCUUUUUGAAUUACACCAAUACACAAUAGAGGAAAUAUCACAUACGUCAACCUGACGUGCAGUAACAGUGAAAACUACAGUAUGGCAGCUCCAAAUCCAUCAAAACAAACAUUAGAGGCAGCAAAAGUGCUAUAACAGCACUAGAAGCCAUCUCUUAAAAAUGUUUUGAAAAUUUACAAGAUGACAAUAAUCUUUCUUAUCAAGAGUCAAGGAAGUGUAAGUAAUCUGUGAGCAAUAAACUGCAAAUGGAUCUGAGAAAUGACAUCCUUACUGGUGAGAGAAAGCAUUUGGUUGGAAAGAUGCAGUGCCACAAGCUGAGCAUAAACCAAGUCUGAAGGCGACAAAAGCAUGACCUGCUGUGAUGCCUUAGGUUCUCUUAAGGCAUCAGCUGCUUACCCACAUACAGUGGGAUUCUUCUUUCAGGGCUCCCUGCCUGAGUUUGGGAUGUUUAUCUCCAGCUGUCCUUCUGAAGCUACGGUUGCAGCUGCCUCCUCCAGAUGCCUUUAGGUUCCCUACUAGCUAACAUUAAUACCUAAAUGGAGGGGAAAAUUAAUCUCAGCCACUGAAAAUUUCUUUUAGUGGGGAAGCACAGACAUCCAUUAUGGUUUUUCCUCUUUGCAGCUUGUUGGAGGUAGGAACUGUUGUUUGAAACCAGGGAAGUGUGUCCUGAUGCUGUCUAUCUAUAAAGCUUCCAAAGCAGCUCCCCAUAGUACAUACACUAUUAAGAAAAACAUAAACAAACCUGGAAGUUAAAAUAAAAAUAUGGUAUUCAUAAGAAGUGCUGCAGAGUAGUAUUUUUUUUUCUUUCAGCAAACUCAAUAGAAAUUAUUAUUAAAGAAUAAAGAGUGGGCAUAAUUUCCUGAAACACGUUGACUCUGUGAGGGAAGACAGGACACCCAAGCAGUUAUGGCUAGAAGAGGGUAGGUUUUAGCAUCCUUUGGGUGCACAGAGUGCCCAGCUGCAGUGAUGAUCAGAAAGGGAAGAGUAAAUGUGCAAGACUACCCUAGCAGAGAGUCUGAGCCACCCCAAGGAACUGAGCUGAGGCAGAAGCUGCACCCCAGCCAGGUUCUUUGGGGCUGUCUCUGGGGCUGUGGCUCAGCUGUGGGGUGGGCUGCACAGGGGUCUUUGCUAUGAAGAGAGAGGGGGUGGGAAUGACAGUGCUGGUGAAAGGUGUUUCAGAGGGGAAAACCAACAAAAUGAGAGAGGCUUCCAUCUCUGACUACUGCUCCUAAGGGCACAUGGCACAGAGAGUAAUUUAGUUCGGAAGGGAUCUCUGGAGGCCAACUAGUCCAAGCCCCCUACAAACAACAAACCUCAAAGCUCAACACUGCUCUGAAAAGCCAUGUGCAGUCAUGUUUCUUGUGGAAAAACAGCAGCUCAGUUAACUCUGUUGUCAAGACUAAUGCUCAUUUAAAGCUGUAAGUGUGGCUGAAGGGCUGGAAAUGCUGAAUGUGACCUCCACAGCAGCUGUCAUAGGCAGGUAGCAGUGCUUCAGAAACAUGUACGAAAACUGUGAAAUACAGGAGCCACAUCAUCUUUAUUUCUACUAAUGGCUUCCUUUCAGUGUGUGAACUCCACUAUUACCACUCAAACUACCAAUCAGGUUGGAGGCUGUAUUCAAUUUUAAUAUCUAGAGGUAAUUAACAGGAAAAAACAGAUGGAUGCCUAAUUUCCGUGCUUCCCUGUUAAAUAAAGGCUCACCAUUCACUGCCAGCUGACUACUGAUUUUCUAAUUAAGUCAUUAGCUAAACACAGAGAAUGUUUUCCAAUAAAUGCCACUAGACUGAUGAAGAUGUAUGUUUUCCUCAUGUUCAGAAUCAAAGUCAGAAACAAUAUAAAGGGUUGGCUACUUAAAACAAUUCAGCUUGAUCAGAAAUUACUGGUCUUCUCAUGAAAAUAAAAACUUUUGCUAGUCUGACACCACUGUUCGACAACUUCUCUUUUUUUUUUUUCUAUGUUAAGUUUUUGCUGCUUUUACCGUGGGUUUGGAGACAUUUCUUGACCUGUCCAUGGCAAGUCCCCAUUCACACCUACCCUGAUCGGGCCCACUCACACCAUGGUCUGCAAUACAAGGUCUUCCCAACAAGCUCUUAGUGAUGUAUUCAAGACCUACAGACUACAUCCAUCUUCCUUAACCUUUCUAAACCAUUCUGCAUCCUCAAAGCCUUAUUUUCUUUAAUGGUGCCCUUGAAAAGUUGUCUUGCUUUACAACCCCAGCUCCCUGUCCUGCCUUUGGGUUUCUGACUCUGUCUAAUCCCUACAUUUAUUGUGGUCCUACUAGAGCAAGUCCCUGUUCUCUCCCCGUCUCAGCGGUGAUCAGAAUUCCCAUGAUUGUGGCUGUUCAAGUCUGUCAGAUUUUACUCUGUCUUACUAGUAUCCAGGCCACAUCCUGGAUUUUUGCUCUGUGUAAGCAGCCAGUGCUUUGGAGUGAGUUCAUACACCCAUAAAGAUUGCACCCAUCAAUAAGCUGCCCUCCCCAAAAGACAUGCUCUUCAAAUGCUAAUUUACCUACUUUUUAAACUUGUUGCCUUUCUUCUGUAUCCUAUCCUUUUGUUCCCUUUCUUCCACAUUAAAAGUGACCCUCAUAUUAUUGUUUUAUGGACCUGUAUCUUCACUUUUAGGGACUUGUCCCUGCACAGAUUACCCAUGUUUCAUUCAGCUCCCGCUCUUCUGCCUGUGCCAACCACAACUCUCUUCUCUGCAAGCUUUGUCUUCACCACUUCCAUGAACUUUCCACAUCUCUCCUGUUCCUUGCAGUUGAUGGGGUUUUUCCUUCUCAAAACCACUUGUGAUGCAGUAAGACUCCUGAAAGAAAAGCAGUCAACAAGGGCAAUGGAGGAAUUAUUCUCUGGGUAUUGUCUGUCUUUUUUUCUCCACCUUUCCCGUAUAGAUCACAUCCUCAUCUGAGGUGAGCUAGCUCUCUCUAGUGCACAGCUUAUACAGACACAGCAAAAACACAUUAAGAGUUGCUUAUGUCCUGAGCCACUUGGAUUUGGUUCAUGCACAGGCCUUUAAAGUUCUGGGUUCCUCACCACAAUGAUGUACCGAGCUGUUCACAGCAUGAGAUUAAUUUUGUUGAUCUUCCUGAAUGGAGAUAGAUGAUAGGAUUGAACUUCCCAAAACGUUUAAAACAAAGCCCCUGCCUCACCAACUUUAUGUAAAAGACUGUCACUAUUCAGACUUCACUGCCAUGCACCUGAGCUGUCUGUAGUUACCACUUCUCAUUUCUUUGUCCUUUGCAUGUGCUAGGAAGGAACAAAACAAAACAAACAACAAAAAAACCCACACACACAAAAACAACCACAAAAAACCCCAACCAAACAAGAAAAAACAACUUUAAAAAAUUUGGUUUAUUCAAGACAAGAUAUUACAAGAAUAAAGGAAUCUUUUCUAAGGACUCUAUUUCCACCCCUCUGUUUUGAAUCCCAGUUAUCAAAAAGUAAAGAGCAUGACAGUGUUGAGGGGAAAUACAAGCUUCCAGCUUAAGUGCAGAGAUGGUCCUUGUGCCUGGGUGUUGUUUAACCAUUGCAAAUAUCAGUGAGACAAGCUGGUUUAUGUUCAUCCUUUACACACCCAGAUGAUUUCUAUGAAGAAUUAUCUUAAAUUGUUUUAUUGCUUAAGAAGACACGGUAAAUAUUGUGGUAUUUUUUAUCGGUCAUGUAGUAUUUCAUAAGAGUCUCAUGCAAUAUAUAGUCACCCUUUCUAAUUGCCAUCUGUUUUUCACUUGGGGCCAAAAAGAAUGAUUUUUUUUUUUUUAAUUAUCUGACUUUGGAUAAAUUCCAGGUUCAUCAGCUGUAAAAUUAUUCUUCAACAUUCUCUAUUUUAUUCAAUGUACCUUUGCAAACAUUGCUCCCUUCCUCUUAAAGGGGAAUCUUCUUCAUUAAUCCCAUGCAUGUAAUCAUCUGUAGAUGAUGUUAUAUGAUUAAAUUACUCCUUCCUACUCAGCUAAUUUCUAUGCCUCUAUGAAUCAGUGCUUAAAGAUAAAUUUUUGAUGUUGCUGCUGUAAGUAGAAGAUGUAACCAUGAAUGAGCUGUGGGGAAAAAAACAUGAUUAGAAAAUUAUAUGAACAUCUUCUCAAAGACCUAAGGGAGAGAGACUCAUUUCAACUUUUUACCUUCUUAAUCGCUUUUCUUUCCUCACUUCACUAUUUCCCAGUCUGUGAAUCCUGUUCAUUAAUUUUUUUCCCCGUUUCUUAUCUUUCUCUCCUUCCUUUCCUUGGCAGCCUUCUUCAGCACCACAGUGGCAUCUAGUAACCUGUAGCAAGAAGCAAGGCUGUGUUGUGCUAUGUUGGUGCACAUCACCUAAGCAUCUGCUCUUGGUUUUAGGAAAUCAGGUUGCAGGCUCAGUUCCUUGUCACUGUUCCACUCAGCCUCUGCUUCAGCUUUAUUGCAGUUUUACUACAAAUUGUAUUUCUAAUGUGCAUCAAGAUUCUUCCAAGUGAAAGAUGCUGUGCAUUAAAUCAUAGUUUCUUCCCACGUGUCACAAUUUUUGAAGAGAUCUUUUUAAUAAUUCCCUCUCUUCUCCUCACCCAUGGGGCUUCUAUCAAUAAAAACGAAAGCCACAGCUAGCAUGGUUUUCAGAUGCAAUAAGUGGUGCUGGAAAUGCCCACGCCACUCCUCCCACUGCCCCUCAUAUUUCAUGCUCUUCUAGUUGCUUCCACUGCAUACUUAAAACACAUUAGCAUAUAAAGCAGCUUUCUGAAGUUUUCGUGGGUUAAUUUCCUGCAUGACAAGUUCUGAGCCUCAUUUCUAUCUGGUGCAAGAUCCCUUGUCACUAGGGUACUCAAAUCUUCUAAUGUACUAUGUCUCACAUACUCAUCCUGUACACUGCAUGACUGCCAAUGGCACACAUUUCUAUGAGGUGAGGCAUAAAGCGCUGUCACCUUGCAACUACACUUUAUAAAAAAUACAUGUUUUGUCAAUUAAGAAACAAAACAUAACUUUUGGAAAGAGGGGGGACAAAAUUCCUAUUCCCUUGUAAAUUGUUUUGUGCACAAUUUGAAAUGACUCAAUUUCAGAAUAUUCAUUUUAAAAGAGCACUAAGAAGCAAAACAUGAAAUCACAUGUGCAUGCCUGAACAACUUGCAACAAGCAGAGUGACCCUCCAGUGGAUUUUACAAUAAAAAAUUGUUUCUCUCCAAAGCUUUCUACAACGACCUUUUCAAGGGAAUAGAAAGUUCCACAGAAAUGACUUUCACUUUUGUAAUGCCACUAGAAAUAUUAUCUCAGUCCUUUACAGGAGGAACAGCCUGCCAAGCUGCUAGACUGCUGGGAUAAGCCUCAACAAGCUUAUUUCUUCAAUAAAUAAAAAAUGAGGAUAACACCUCCAGCUUGAGGGUUUUAAAUUGAAUUGACCACUAAAAUAAAGUCUAUCAGCUAGA